AUGGCUCGACCAUUGGCAAAGACAGACAGUAUCGUCAUUGUUGGCGCAGGGGUGUUUGGCCUGAGUACUGCUCUCCACCUAGCAGCGAGAGGCUAUACCAACGUCACUGUCUUUGACGUACAGCCCUAUGAAACUACAAAGUAUGACUACAUCUCAGGCUGUGAUUCUGCUUCUGCCGACAUGAACAAGAUUAUCCGGUCUGCAUAUGGCGAACAAACAGAAUACCAAGACCUUUCUAGAGAAGCUAUCGAGUGCUGGGAGGAGUGGAACCAACAGAUCAGCACGGGCAGAUGCGUGCCUGACGGAAUGACUAGAGCAGAUAAGGUCUUCAUCAACAACGGCCAUCUCUCGUUGACUGACCGAGAUGAACUUCCGGAAUUUGAGAAAGCAACCAUCAGAAAUAUGGAGCGAGCGGGCUUUAACGACACACAGCUCAUCACAACUGACAGCCAGCACGAGGAAAUUGCCAUUGAGAGAGGCUUUGGCUAUGCAAUGGAUCCCUUUGAACGCAAAUCAAAAGGCAAAAGCUACCUCGGUGUUCUAGACACGACCGGCGGGAUCGCAAUUGCAGAUAGAGCGUGUCGUUUCGCCCUGCACAAGGCAAAGGAGAUGGGUGUUCGCUUCGUCCUGCAUCCUGACGCCGGUCGUUUUGAGGCAUUCUGCUACGACGAUCGACAAAAAGUUGCGGGGAUUAGGAUGAGAGACGGCCAAAAACACCUUGCAUCGAAGGUCAUUAUGGCGUGCGGUGGGUGGACACCAUCACUGAUCCCAGACCUCGACGGUAUCUGCGAAACGACAGCUGGGUCAGUGGUGAUGUUGAAAAUCCCACCAAAAUCACCUCUUUUCGAACGGUUCGAUCCAGAGAGGUUCCCGUCUUGGUCAUAUAGAAUGCGAGAUGGGGCCAUUGGUGGUCUCUAUGGCUUUCCCCGAGAUGAAAGAGGGUACAUGAAGAUUGGGUAUAGAGGCACCAAAUAUACCAAUCCUACGAUACAAUCAGACGGCAAGGAGCGCAGUGUGCCCGUCACAAGAUAUACAGCCGUUGAGAAGAUUACCCAACUCCCCAAGCAAGCGUUGACAGUCGUCAAGUCUUUCAUCAGAGAGUUUCUCCCAGAAAUGGUCGAGGAAGGGAUCGAUAUCCAGUUGACCCGACUAUGUUGGUACACGGACUCUUUCGACAACCACUAUCUCAUCGACACCUUGCCUGGUCAAGAGUCGGUGCUGGUCGCGACAGGCGGCAGCGGACAUGCCUUCAAGUAUCUUCCCAAUAUUGGCAAGUGGGUAGUCGACAUCAUCGAGGGAGUUGAUAUGGAUCGCCAAUUGGUCAGAAGUUGGAAAUGGAGGACAUUGCAAGCAGGUCAACAACCUGUGAAUGUUCUCAUGGAGGGUAGUAGUGGUUCCAGAGCGCUCAAGAACGUGGAAAUGUCUACCGACGAUGAUUUGAAGCUAUCUUCUUGA